AUGGAGAAACACAUUCAAACCUUCCUAAACAAAAUCUCAUACUUAGCAAUCACCAUAGCAACAUUCACUCUACUCCUCGUCUUCCUCUUCCAAACCCCACCAGAAACCUGCAUCAACCCUAACCACAAACCUCAUCCCAAAUCCUCCUGUGACGCCGCUCACCGCCCAAUCACCACCAUCGAAAAGAAAAACCACCGUCUAUGGUCCACCCACACCUGGCGGAAAUCCGUCGAUUCGUUCUCUGCAAUCUUCAAUGAUCUCCGAACCCUAAAACACAUCUCCAACCACACACACGCUCUAAUCGUCUCCGCCGGUGGCGGUCAGGCCGUCAUGUCGCUAAAGGAGAUCGGAUUACACGAAAUCACCGGUGUUGAAGUGGUUGAUUCACCGCCAUUAGUGAGUAGAGCAGAUCCACAUAAUUUGCCCUUUUUUGAUGGGGUUUUCAAUUUAGGGUUCAGUGCGCAUUUGGAUCUGGCAUUAUUUUCCAUCGAGCUCGUUCUUGAAGAUAUUCGAGAUGAUGAUCUUCAAUGUCUAUAUUACACCAACUACAUUUAAAUCCAUUCAAAUUUUUCUUUGCUUGAUUAUGAGCAUUCAUAGCUUCUCUUUGAUUUUUUCUUUGCUUGAUUAGAACAGAUCUUCUUGUAUUUUUCCCUACUGAAUUACCGAGGAG